AUGAUGUACUGGCUCGCUCGGCUGUUCAGGUCAGUGGAGCCACAUACGCUCAACUGCACGCUCAAACUUACGCUCAACUACACGAUCAACUACACGAUCAACUACACGGUCAACUACACGGUCAACUACACAAUGCCAGCGCAACGAUCGCGCAGUCGAAUCGGGUUCAAAAACGUCGAGUCAGGAUGGACACAGCUCAUGGAAACAUUCACCAGCAUUGAGCUAUCGCUACGCUUGACAAAGGGCCAGGUCGGGCGCAUUAAGAAAAUGACGGAAGAUAAAAAGACAAAGAAGUCAGGGGCCUUCCUUAAGCAACACAAAUUCUUAAGAAGAGUAUUGGCUAUCAACCCCGACUCUUACACGUUAUGUAUUGUCGCUUUCUCGCAAAAUCAGAUCGAUUCUACGAAAGCAGCUAUACUCGAUGGGCUGGUUGAAAGAAUCAAGGAACGGCGCGAUGACACAAUCAUGUCUCCUACCAUGCGGUCCCUUUUUGAUCAUUCAGAAGACAAUAGGAUUGUACCACUGCUCCAAGAGACCCACAAACUGUCAACAAAUCCGUCAGAACCGUGGGUCGAGUUGAAAUACGCUGAAAGAGCAGGGACUAGAGAGGUUUUUGGGCAAUACCUAGUAGACAGGAUUGAGAAUACGGAGCUGAGUGACAACUGGAAAGCAGUAAUAAUGCGCCUGCCGGUGUGGCCACCCGAUCUCUCGGCGCCUUGUUUCAUGUCAUUGGACCUUCGCGAAGAAAGUAUCAAAGAGGUUGCGAUGGCAUUAUUCAAGGUAGAAGUAACUUGGGUGACGGAUGCCUUCUGGGUCGUCCACUGCGGCGGAAUGUCGCAGAUUAUACCUUAUUUUCAGCAUACAAUGAAGGGCGUCUCGGACGAGGACAUCGUCGCCGUUUUUGGGGCAGAUGGCGAACGAGUUAAGAGAAGGAGUUCAAAAAACAAAAUGUGUAUCAAUGACCUUUUCAAAGAGGAAGGCCACGAUCGGCCUAACAUUGAGCGUAAUGGGGGGUGUUAA